AUGAUCAUGUCUUCAUCUAGCAAGCCCAACCCUCUCUCGGCCUUCCUGUCAGAAUCGCCCGCAGGUCGUCGUUCGGCUAACGGUGCAGUUCCAGUCCGCCUUCCUUCCAAGCCUGCGCUCCUCGCUUCGGCGAGUAUGCUCCAGUCGCCUCCAUCCGCAGCCAAAGAUGCAAUCAAGCAGCUCAGCUAUCUCGCAUCGGAUUCUUCGACCACAUUGCCCGUGCAACGUGCGCUCCAGCCGGUGGAUGUCAACCUUUCCAAAUCCGCCAGGCAUCGUGCCUUGCCCACAAAGCGCCCGUCGUCGCCGAAAAAGGUGCGUUCAACGUCGAACACCGGUGUCGGCGCCCGCUCCAAAUCGCCCAAGCUCGCCACCCAGACUCCGUCCUCGGCACCGCUCAUCUUCAAGGGCGACAGGAUCAGCGUCAAGAUUCCGCAAAAGCUACCGGCUCCACGUCUGACGCCCCACUCGUCGCCGUACGAGGACCUGGUGGCGCAUCUCGCGCGUCACAACCUCUUCAUCGAGUCGCAACAGGUGGAGCAGUACUCGAUCGCGCCCGACUUUCUGCUGCAGCAGUACCUCGAACUCGCGCACCUCGGCAAGUGCAGCCUCUACCACCAGACGCGCAACUUUCUCUUCGCCAACCGCGAAACGAUCACCGCGCACGUCGUGCCUGGCCAGACGCUGCCUUCGAGCGUGCCGCUCGAUGUGACGCCGCUGGUGACCGAGCUGCAGGUGCCGCCGACGCAUCUGUUGGCGGUGCAUUCGGACCGCGAGGCUGCCACGCUAUAUGCGGUGCACGGCGUCGUGCUUGCGCUCCAGUGCGUCUCGAUCCCCUUCCUCCCCGCCUCCAAGGACUCGCAGGACGGCGCCAAAGUCGUCAAGCACAUGCCCGUGCUUGCACUCAGGAUGCCCGCGCCUCAGCACUUUGAGACGACGCUGCGCUGGCUCUACUCGCAGUCGGCCACGUCGCUGCUGCAGGAGCUGCUUCCGCUCAAGCACAUCCUCGCCGUGCUGGCCAAGCGACGUCCGUGCGGCUCUGCUGCUGAGGGCAAGGACGUUGAGGCGUCGGCGGCGGCGCUGUCGACGGCGGACCUUGUGCAGGCCAUGUCGUCGCUACCCAUGCGCACGUUUCUCGAGCACCUCCAGACCAUCCAGGCGGUGUGGAAGAACGGCGUCGCGCUCGGCAUCGUCGCGUGGAACUUUUGGGCGCAGCUCGACAAUGCCUGGAACCUGCUCGUCGUCGCCAUGGUCGCAUCCAAGCGCAAAAACGCGCGCAAGUCCUUGGCUGCCGCCUCGGAACUCACCGCCCAACUCGAAUCCACCCGUCUCGAUUAA